AUGGGCUGCUGUCAGUCAAAAAAACCUGCUUAAAAACAAGGAAAUAUAAAGAAUCAAGAUGAAAACAAAGAUAAAUAGCAAAAUAAGCCAGCUUAGCAAGGGGCUUAAAACUAGAAUCCUGAAAAGAUAGAAUAGAAGGAAGAAAUAUUGGAGGAACCAACAAUUAUGCAUCCACCUGAAUAGCAAUAGAAAAGUAAGGCAGUUGAUAAGGAAAAAUAGGCAUAGUUGAAAAAGGAGGAUGAUCAUUUAAAGUAGUCGCCUAAAUAGGACGUGAUGUAAUAAUUCAAGCCAAGAAACAGCGAAAAAGCUAAAGAAAACCCAUCUUAAUUGCUUUAGGAUAAUGGAGUUAAGGAGUAAAUUGUAAAGAAUAAAAGAAAGACGGUCAUUAAUAAAAAGUUUAAAGAAUCAGGCGCAGUAGAACUUAAGGAUGUUUAGUUAAUAAUUGAUGAUGCACCACCACCAAUUGAAUAAUCAUCUUCACCAGCUAAAAAUAAUCAAUUUGAAGGAUUAAAACAUCAAAGAUAGAGUAGGAAGAAUAUUUUCAAUAAACCUAAGUAGAAAGUUAGUCAUAAAAAGAUAGACGAAGAAUAAAAAGGUAUAGAGCAGGCUUAAGUAUAAUAGCAAGUAUAGCUAUAAGAAAAUAUCUAAUUGCUAGAUGAUUUACCAGAGAUUCUUCAAGUAUCAGAAGCUUUAUUCAAUCAAGUUAGGGCAUUUCAAUCAAUAUCUGAGGAAAAUCAAUUGGAACAACUAUAAAUAUAAUAAGACCUAGAAUAGUAUCAUCUAUAAAUCGAACAAUACAGCUUAAACCUGUUUAAUUAUGGUAUAAACAAUGCAAAGCUUACCUUUGUCUAGAAUUUAGUUGAAAAUCAUUAGAUAAAUCUGGCUUUGAUGUUCUAAAUUUGUCAAAUAUCUCAUAUAGAUAGCAUGAAUAUAGAUGAAAGACACAAGUUAGAUCACUUCUUUACUUUGAAGGUUGCGUUGAACAGCAAAGAUCUAUCAAUUCUACAAUACACCCUAGAUCUUGGCUGCCAAUUCUACAAUGAUGAUUUCUUUGAUCAAUUUUUAAGUCACAUUAAUAUAGAUUAUGAUCACCCUUACAGACUUAAAGUUUUAGAAUCUAAUUACUUCAAAUUGUGGUUUUCUAAAAGAAUAUAUAUCUUCAAGACAAUUUAAGACUUUGAGGAUUUAUUUUACAAUCUUGGUUUGGAUACAGAUGAAAAUCUGAAUUAUGACUCUAGUUAAUAAGUGAGAUAGAUAAGUAUAGUAGACGAAGCUUAAUGCUCGGAAGAUUGUAUAACUUACAUUUCAAUUAUCAAUAACAUCCUAAGAGAUAUGCAUUUUAAAUAUAAUGAUGAGGCAAGAGAAUCAGCAAGAUAAUAAAUUCUACAUAAUAUCUAAAACAAUCUCUUAAAAUUUGAAGAGUUUAGUAAUGAUGUCAAAAACUAUAUUUGCUUCGAUCUAGCAAACACUCUCAUAGCUAAAUAAGAAUUGCCAGAGGAUCAUUAAUAACAUUUAGAAGAAAGAGAGAGUAUUAAUCUAAUACCAUAUCUAAUUCUAACGAAUAAUAUUUCGGCGUUAAAAAUGCUUAUCUAAAACACCAAAUGCAACCUCAAUCAACUUUUAGAUUUCCUAGAAGGGACAACGACAACAAUCAACCCUUACUAUCGACUUUUUAGCUUAAUCGUUCAAAAUAAUCAAGAAGAAGCGUUAAGGUAUUUCUAUGAAGAUCCAGUGAUAAGUAAUAAAAUUAUUGAUGAAGAUAUCUGCUUCAUCAUUAUAGAAUUGGUGAUUGAGCAUUCAAUUUAGGAUCCAGAAAAUUUAAGCAUGCUUAAUUUCAUCCUUAACUCUAAAAAGACUAGGUAAAUCUUCAAGUAUCUGUAGUUUGAGGAAAGAUUCAAUUUUGUCGAGCAGAUACUGUUGAUAAGAGGUAAAUUAAUUGAUGCACUAAUUGAGCAUGUUAAACUAAAUAUUGAUGAUGAAGAUUAUUAACUAGAAUUCUUCAAAGCCUAAUCUGCUAAUAUAAUAGCAGUAUUCAAAGCAGUUUAUGACAAUCUUUCAACAGAGUUAUAUGCUUUGUAUCAAUUCAUGAUAUUCUCUCAGGUAAUCAAUUAAUAUGAUAAAGAGGAGGUUGAUUCUUAGAAUUAUCUUCAGACACUUUAAUAUACAAGAGACAAUAUUAAAAAGGCUGAUUAUGAGUUAUUCAUUUACUACAGAUCUAUCUAGACACUUUAAUUAGUUAAGAAUCUUUAGAACAGCUAGGAUCAAGAGCUCAGCAACAUAGAUCAAAUUGUAUUAGGGUUCAUCAGCAAGUUAUAAGAUUACUGCAGCCCUAAUCUUCUAGCGAGUGCACUUAAAAUUCUAGAAUAAUAAUGA